UCUAUCGAUCUAUCUAUCUAUCUAUCUAUCUAUAUCUAUAGCUCUAUCUAUCUAUAGCUCUAUCUACUAAGUACGAAAAGAUGACACAACAAGAACACGCUCCUGCCAUGAAGCUAAAAGAAGAAGAGGAAAAAGAAGAAGAAAAAGAAGAAAUUGGAGCAGAAGAAAAAGGAGGAGUGGUACCCCAUCCACCUAGUGAUCCCAAAGAAGAGGAUGAGAAUGAUGAGAAUGAUGACAAUGAUCAGAAUCAAGUAAUGGACUUGGAAGACAUGUUUCCGUCACAUCGCACAUUUCGUGCCCGAGACGAAGACGAAUGGAGACAAACGUGGCGGAGUGAUCAAAUCACCUGUGCUCCCAUUCUCUGCAUGGCAGGACUCAUUGUGUCUGUACUUGUCAUUGCGGGAUUAAUUGUCUUUUUUACCACCCGAAAUGAUGAUACAGAUACACAACAACAACCACAACAAGCAAUAGAAAUAGAAACAGAAACCAUUAUGCCAACAACAACAACAGAAGUGCCCUGAUUCCAAUCAAUCAAACCAGAAGAAACACAAGGAUUUCUUCUUUUUUAAUAAUGACAAUCUGCAAACAAAACACCAGUGGAAUCUUUUUCUACUACGAUACUACACUAUGAAAAGAUGGAGGUGAUCAUAUAUUAUAUAUGGCGAGGAGGAGACAGUACAAUUCCAAGAAUCCACCCAGACUAGACUUUACAUCAGAUCAUCAUCCAUCUACUGAUGGAUGUAAUGUCAGGAAGGUUGGAUUUUGGAUUGGGCUGCUCUGCUCUGCUCAAGAAACCAUCAAACGAAUGAAAGCUACAUUUUAUUUCAUAUCAUUGCGAACAACUAGCUAGUCUACAACCAACUACAGCAUCCAUGCACCCAAUAAUGUUGCCAGCUAAACAUAAUAGCUAACUAGAAUAGAACACCAUACACUAUC